UCUUGCUGCCCCUUUGGCCCUGUGGGGACACAGCCAGAAGGAUGUGCCAUGGCACCAGGGAACAAGCUCUCGGACUCCACUGGUGUUUGAUCCUGAAUUUGCCAGCCUCCAGAACUGAAUCUCUUUGGGAAGCUACCUACCAGAAAGUGAGGAAUCAUGUCCAUGAUCGCAGCUUUCUACAGCGGCAAGUCCAUCCUCAUCACGGGGGCCACGGGCUUCAUGGGUAAAGUGCUGAUGGAGAAGUUGUUCCGGACCAGCCCCGACCUGAAAGUUAUUUACAUCCUUGUGAGGCCCAAGGCUGGCCAGACGCUGCAGCAGCGUGUCUUCCAGAUCCUCAACUGUAAGCUGUUUGAGAAAGUCAAAGAAGUGUGUCCCAAUGUGCAUGAGAAGAUCCGCGCCAUUUCCGCUGACCUCAACCACAAUGACUUUGCCAUGAGCAAGGAGGACCUGCAGGAGCUGCUGUCUUGCACCAACAUCAUCUUCCACUGUGCCGCCACUGUCCGCUUUGAUGACCCUCUCAGACAUGCUGUGCAGCUGAAUGUCACAGCCACCCAACAGCUCCUGCUGAUGGCCAGUCAGAUGCCAAAGCUGGAAGCCUUCAUCCACAUCUCCACCGCCUAUUCCAACUGUAACCUGAAACACAUCGAUGAAGUGAUCUAUCCAUGCCCCGUGGAGCCAAAACAACUCAUCGACUCCAUGGAGUGGUUAGAUGAUUCCAUCAUUGCGGAGAUCACACCGAAGCUGAUUGGGGAUCGACCCAACACUUACACCUACACCAAGGCCUUGGGAGAGAUAGUGGUGCAGCAGGAGAGUGAGAACCUCAACAUUGCCAUUGUGAGGCCCUCCAUUGUGGGGGCUACCUGGCAGGAGCCUUUCCCAGGUUGGGUGGAUAAUCUGAAUGGACCUAGCGGGCUGAUUAUUGCGGCUGGGAAGGGGUUUCUUCGGUCCAUACGAGCUACUCCAAUGGCAGUGGCAGAUCUAAUUCCAGUCGAUACAGUUGUCAAUCUCACUCUAGCGGUAGGAUGGUACACUGCAGUUCACAGACCUAAAUCAACGUUGAUCUACCACUGUACGUCUGGUAACUUCAAUCCCUGUAACUGGGGCAAGAUGGGAUUGCAAGUCUUGGCGACUUUUGAAAAAGUCCCGUUUGAGAGAGCUUUCAGGAGGCCUUAUGCUGACUUCACAACCAACAACUUCACAACUCACUACUGGAACGCCGUCAGCCACCGGGCUCCUGCCAUCGUCUACGACUUCUACUUGCGGCUCACCGGGAGGAAGCCCAGGAUGAUGAAGCUCAUGAAUCGGCUUCUACGCACCAUCUCGAUGCUCGAGUAUUUCAUCAACCACAGCUGGGAAUGGAGCACUUACAACACGGAAAUGCUCAUGUCCGAGCUGAGUCCCGAAGACCAGCGAGUAUUCAACUUUGAUGUGCGCCAGUUGAACUGGCUGGAAUACAUUGAAAACUACGUGUUGGGAGUUAAGAAGUAUUUAUUGAAAGAGGAUAUGGCUGGGAUCCCAGAGGCAAGGCAACACUUAAGAAGGCUCCGGAACAUUCACUACCUCUUUAAUACCGCCCUCUUUCUUAUCGUCUGGCGCCUUCUCAUUGCAAGAUCACAGAUGGCUCGGAAUAUCUGGUUCUUCAUCGUGAACUUCUGUUACAAAUUCCUUUCCUACUUUAGGGCGUCCAGCACGCUCAAGGUCUAGUACCAUCCGGUGGAGCCUCUCAGAUACCUCGGACAGAGAGCUGUGGUUGUCACCAUUAGCAAGUAACAAGGACUAGCCCAAGGUCAGACAGCAAGCAAGCUGUAGUCGAUCCAUCAUUUCUUGACACAACUCCUUAGCUUCCGUGAGACGAGGGAA